AUGUAUAAAACACGGUUAGUUGCCAAGGGAUACACCCAGCGGUAUGGCAUUGAUUAUGAAGAAACAUUUGCGCCUGUAGCAAAGAUCAACACUGUUCGAAUCUUGAUUUCACUUAUGCAUACAUAUGCAGAUAUUAUAGCCUUUUGUCUUUCCAGGGAUUUGUACAAGAGAAUCAGUACAAUGGAUAAUAAUCAAGACGACGAGUUCCAUGCAGAUUUAAUUGCUCUUCUUUUUGGUAACGAGGGUGAUAAUCAAGAAGUCGGGGUAGAAGAAAUUCCGGAGGCUUUUGAGGGAGUCCAAGAAAAUCUAGAGGGUUUUGUGCAAAAUCCAGAGGGUUUGGGAGUUGAAGGGGUGCAAGUCCAAGAAAAUGUAGAGGGUUUUAUGCAAAAUCCAGAGGAGGGUUUGGGAGUUGAAGGGAAUCCGCAGGUUGUGCAAGUCCAAGAAAAUCUAGAGGGUUUUGUAUUUUCUUGGGGCGCCGCCGACGCCGAGCAAGCACAAGGUGCAGAAAUCCUAAGCGAUUUGGACAAGCCGGUGGUGGUUUACAACGCCAGGGACUCACACGAUGACCACGCUGGUACCUCGAAGAAGCGUGGCCGGCCGCGCAAAUACGCCACGCCGGAGGAGGCUCGGGCGGCAAAAACCGAGAAGCAGCGGCAGCGGAGACGGCUGAGGAGAAACCCCACCGUGCAAGGUGGCGAAAUUCCAACCGACGAUGCCGAUCAGGAGUUUGUAGCACUUCUGGAGAGUGUUUUGGAGGAAGUUACAGAGUCUACUGUGGAGAAUAAGCCUAGCCGGGAAAUUAUUGAUGAGGAGUUGGAGGAAGUUACAGAGUCUACUGCGGAGAAUAAGCCUAGCCGGGAAAUUACUGAUGAGGAUUGGACUGGGCGGUGCAGAAUUACAAGCCUGAGGAGUUCGAUGACUCACACAAGGUCUUUGAAGACUGGCACGAUGAAUUGAGGGUUGAAACCACAACAGAGGUAGAGGCUUUGUGGGAGGACCCUGAACCCUCUGAACCAAACCCAAACCCAAACCCAGAAGAUUAGACCUCAUGGCUCGAUGGAAAGCACGUUGUGUUUGGGAAAGUGGUUGAUGGUUAUAGCGUUGUUCAGAAGAUGGAGAAGGUUGGUUCGGAUUCAGGGUCGACUACAGAACCUGUGGUUAUUGAAAAUUGUGGUCAGGUAUAUGAAGACUGAUGUUUGAGUAGCUGUUUAUCAGUGUAUAAAAUUAGAGGAUGUUGUGUUGUUUAAAAUUAGAGGAUCUUUAAAAUUAGAAGACUGAUGCUUGAAUAAAUACAUGUAGUCUGGAGUGGUCUGCUAAUGGAUGUUGUGUUGUUUACA